UUACUCAUUUUUGUUCAGAGGACUGUCGGCCAGCAGCAGCAGCAGCAGCGGCGGCGGUGGAGAGAGAGAAAGUGGAUUGAAGUAGGAGAGAAAUACAGACAAGUGUCCCGUCCGAAGAAAACAACAUUGUCCUGGAAUAAUCUUAAAACGCUUUUCCGUGUGUUUCGACAGGUCUGCUCCAUCGUUGUUUUGAUAACGGGAGGCAAGGAUGGCAAUGCAAAUGGGUGAGCUUGACAGUGGCAUGGUGAAGGUGGCAGAGUGGCAGCAGACGAUGUAUAGUGUAGACUCAGGCAUCCAGUCUGGAGCCACCACAGUCAGAGAUGACGACGGCGAGUACACCACCUCCAAGCAGUACACCAUGACCACCACUGUCACAAGUGAAGAGCCUGACUUGGAUUCUCAGUACACCAUGACCAGAGCCCAGCGGGUGCGGGCUGCGAUGUUCCCAGAGACGCUGGAGGAAGGCACGACCAUCUUGUCUACUCAGACAGACCCGUCCCAGAUGACCAACGUCCAGCGGCUGGCUGAGCCCUCCCAGAUGCUCAAGACAGCCAUCAUCCAUCUGAUCAACUACCAAGACGACGCUGAGCUGGCCGCACGUGCCGUGCCCGAGCUCACCAAACUGCUCAACGAUGAAGAUCAGGUGGUGGUCAGCAAGGCAGCGCAGAUUGUCAACCAGCUUACACGUAAGGAGGCAUCUCGCCAUGCACUGAUGCAGUCCCCUCAGAUGGUGGCCGCGGUGGUGCGAGCCAUGCAGAACACAAGCGACAUGGAGACAGCAAGAGCCACAGCCAGCAUCCUCCACAACCUGUCCCACCAGAGAGAGGGCUUGCUCUCCAUCUUCAAGUCUGGAGGCAUUCCCGCUCUGGUCCGCAUGCUCAGCUCUCCUAUGGAGUCUGUGCUCUUCUACGCCAUCACCACGCUCCACAACCUGCUGCUGCACCAGGAGGGAGCUAAGAUGGCUGUUCGUCUCGCUGACGGCCUGCAGAGGAUGGUCCCCCUGCUGAAGAAGAGCAACCCCAAGUUCCUGGCCAUCACCACAGACUGUCUGCAGCUUCUGUCCUAUGGCAAUCAGGAGAGCAAGCUCAUCAUUCUUGCCAACGGGGGUCCUGAGGGUCUCGUUCACAUCAUGAGAAACUACAGCUAUGAGAAACUGCUGUGGACCACAAGCCGUGUGCUCAAAGUCCUCUCUGUAUGCCCCAGCAACAAACCCGCCAUUGUAGAGGCUGGUGGGAUGCAGGCUCUGGGUAAACACCUCACAGGCUCCAGUCAACGUCUGAUGCAGAACUGUCUGUGGACACUCAGGAACCUGUCUGAUGCUGCCACUAAGCAGGAGGGCAUGGACAGCCUGCUGCAGGUGUUGGUGGGCCUGCUUAGUUCAGAUGACCUUAACAUGCUCACCUGCGCCACUGGGAUCCUGUCUAACCUCACAUGCAACAAUGCCCACAAUAAAACUCUGGUCACCCAGAGCAACGGCGUUGAGGCACUGAUCCACGCCAUAUUGCGUGCCGGUGAGAAAGAGGAUGUGACCGAGCCAGCCGUUUGCGCUCUGCGCCACCUGACUUCUCGCCACCAGCAGGCUGAGUUGGCACAGAAUGCUGUGAGGAGGCACUACGGCAUCCCCGCCAUCGUCAAGCUGCUCAACCAGCCCUACUACUGGCCCGUCAUUAAGGCUGUGGUUGGCCUGAUCCGUAACCUGGCCCUGUGCCCCGAGAACCAGGCCCCUCUGAGGGAUGCAGGAGCGAUCCCCCGCCUGGUCAACCUGCUGCUCAAAGCCCACCAGGACGCCCAGAAACAUGGCUCAUCCGCCCAGCAGACAUACCAGGAUGGAGUGAGGAUGGAGGAGAUUGUGGAGGGCUGCACAGGAGCUCUGCACAUCCUGGCCAGAGAUCCCGUCAACAGAGCAGAGAUCGCCAACCUGCAGACUAUUCCUCUAUUUGUUCAGCUUCUCUACUCACCAGUGGACAACGUGAAGCGUGUGGCGGCGGGUGUGCUAUGUGAGCUGGCUCUGGACAAACCGUCAGCUGAGAUGAUUGACAGCGAGGGAGCGUCGGCUCCACUGAUGGAGCUGCUGCACUCCAACAACGAGGGCAUAGCUACUUACGCCGCAGCUGUGCUCUUCCGCAUCUCGGAGGAUAAGAACUCAGACUACAAGAAGCGAGUUUCUGUGGAGCUCACACACUCUCUGUUCAAACACGACCCCGCUGCCUGGGAGAUGGCCCACAACAGUGUCCCCAUGGAUGGACCCUAUCCAGAUGAGCUGGAUGCUGGUUUCCAAGGCUACGGAGGAUAUCCAGCUGAUAUAGACGGCAUGGAAGGAAAUAUUAUGCAUGAUGAAUACGCAGCCAGCAUGGCCUAUGACAGAGCACCGUACACCGAGCAUUAUUAAAGACCCAGGAGAGAGAGAGUAGUGGAAAAAGGAGGCAGGGGAGCUGGAAUGGGAUGUAAUGGGACAAAGAAGAAGAGAAUAUAGUCGUCAGUAGAGAUUAUUCCAUCUGCUCUCAGCCUGUUGUAAUAUAUGCAAUUAUCACCGAGUACAGGACUCAUAAUCUUAACAGGGCUCAUCUUUGUUCUAUAGCAUAAAUUUGCUGAUUAUAAGUUUGACAGUGACGAUGCUCGUAGGUUCUCGUUGAAGAAUCUUCUAAGAGUGUGUGUGCGCAUGUGAGUAUGUAUGUGUGUGUGUGUGUGUGUGUGUGUGUGUGUUUAUGCUUUUGGGUGGGUAAUCUAUGCCAAAGAGAUUUUAUUUUGUGAUGAUGAUCAUGUAGCUUCCUUUUUGUUUUUUAAAAAAAAAAAGAAAAAAAAGGAGAGUAAUAGUUGAAAACACUGCCAGAGGUGGCUCAACGUGCACGGUGCACUGCUCACCGCUGUUUCUUUCUUAACGCCUUUGUAACAGACACUGCUGUCUUUGCUGUAGUUUUGACACUAUAUAUACCGUCAACUUUCUCCCGCUGUGACCCGAGAGUCAGUCAAGAGUUAGUUAACACAGGCCCGCUUUUCUUGUGACUAAUUCAUUUGGAGCGAACAAACGAGGAGGUCUUUGACAGACUUGUGAGAGAGCGGUGUAGGGCUGCCCCCCCUUCUUAAUUAAUCAGCUGACUUGUGGAUCAUUUGGAGUGUACGUGAUCAAGAUCGUCGUUUGUUUUUCUUUUGUUUUCAAUUGUUUCUCAUCUUUUAUAAGUUAUUUAAUGGGAACUGCUCACAUAUUUGGCAUUAACAGAAUAUUAACAAAGAUUUUGGAUUAUAAACUGAAAGAAGAGCUUGUAUGUGUCUGUAAUCAUUUACAAUAAUGUGGGUAAAAAGCAGAUUUACAGUUCAGUUCAGCAUCUAAUACUUGUUGAGGUCAUAUAUUAGGGGGCAGCCUUACAGCUGGAGCAAACUACUGACAGGGAAAUUUGUCUUUCUACUUAAUAAGAGUUUUUACUGAAAUUUUGUUUUAAUAAAAAUAAAGGAUAUAUUAAACGUA